CGGGCGCGCGCGCACUCAUUUCCGCUUCCGCCCCAGAGACCGACACAGAGCAGCGCGGGACACAGAGAUGACAGCCACACUGCGUCCCUACCUGAACGCGGUCCGCGCCACCCUGCAGGCUGCGCUCUGCCUAGAGAAUUUCUCCUCACAGGUUGUGGAGCGGCACAACAAGCCCGAGGUGGAGGUCAGGAGCAGUAAAGAGUUGCUCCUACAGCCUGUGAUCAUCAGUAGGAAUGAGAAGGAGAAGGUUCUGAUCGAGGGCUCAAUAAACUCUGUGCGAGUCAGCAUUGCAAUCAAGCAGGCAGACGAGAUUGAGAAGAUUUUGUGCCAUAAGUUUAUGAGGUUCAUGAUGAUGAGAGCCGAGAACUUCUUCAUUCUGAGGAGGAAAGCGGUUGAGGGCUAUGACAUCAGUUUCCUCAUCACCAACUUCCACACCGAGCAAAUGUACAAACACAAACUGGUCGACUUUGUAAUCCACUUCAUGGAGGAGAUUGAUAAAGAAGUCAGUGAAAUGAAACUCUCUGUCAACGCCAGAGCUCGCAUUGUCGCAGAAGAGUUUCUCAAAAACUUCUGAUGCUGAGUGAACUUACUGUCAACUGAUGAGACCAAGGUAACGAAGAAGCAUGUGAAACUGCACUGCUGGAGGGAGCUUGGGGCAGGGGUGGGGUGGGGUGAUCACCUGCUGGAUGGGGUGGGGGGGGCUUGUAUGCAACUUCCUGACCUGCUGGAGGGGGCUAGUGAGGUAACCGACUAGCCUGCUGGCUUUACUAUUAUCCGAUGAUUUUAAGAUUGAUCUUGUAUUUACAUCAGCACGGACCUGCUGUUAGUUUGUUCUUGAUUCCGAAUGACUGAAUGAAUACAUUUCUAUUUUGAAAAUAAAGUCCUUUCAUUCCUA